UUCCUUGGUGUAAAUGAAAGCACUGGUACCUGUCCAUCUUGCAUCAAAGAAGUGUGUCAGAAAACAGUGGAAGAAAAACUGAAAUGGAAAAUCAUUUCAUGGCCUGCAUUUUCCUUAAUAGAUUCCUGGUACUUUGGAUUCCGUACUUUACUAAUUCAGACUGAAUGUUUUGUGUUGCAGGAGGAGUACAGAGCAGAAGGCAUCAGUUGGCAUAAUAUUGAUUAUAUUGACAACAGUGGUUGCAUAAAUCUCAUCAGCAAGAAACCUACAGGCUUACUUCAUCUACUGGAUGAGGAGUGCAAUUUCCCACAGGCGACAAAUCAGACGCUGCUUGACAAAUUCAAGCGACAGCAUGAGGGCAACAACUAUAUAGAAUUCCCAGCAGUGAUGGAGCAAGCUUUUAUCAUAAGGCAUUAUGCAGGGAAGGUCAAAUACCAAGUCAAGGACUUUCGUGAAAAGAACACGGAUCACAUGCGACCUGAUAUAGUUGCACUUCUGAAAGGCAGUAAAAACGCCUUCAUCUGCAGUCUGAUUGGUAUUGACCCAGUGGCUGUCUUCCGCUGGUCGGUGCUGAGAUCCUACUUCCGAGCUGUUGUGGCCUUCCGGGAGGCUGGAAAACGCUUUGUUGAGAAGAAACCUGGGCAUGAUGAUGCUGUUCCGUACCCGGUUUUGAAAAGUGUCGAUAGUUUUAGCUUUCUGCAUCACCCAGUUCAUCAGAGGAGUUUAGAGAUCCUCCAGAGAUGCAAGGAAGAGAAGUACAGUAUUACAAGAAAAAGCCCCAGAACACCAUUGUCUAAUUUGCAAGGAACAAAUACCAUCAAUGACAAACCCCCACGUGACCUGCAGGGAAUAAACUGGAAUGGCAGAGCAAGUGUCCAGACUUCAAGGAUCACCAGUGGCCAUUCCUUGAUUGAAGAUGAGGGGAUUUUUCUCAGUUCUGCUAGCACUAAGCUAUUGGAAAGAGCUCACGGUAUUCUUAUGUAAGUAUGCAGUUUCUGUAGCUAUACGAGAAGUGCAAAUAAUUCUUGAGCUCAGAUAUCUUAUUGAAGUUCUACAAGUCCUUUGUGAGAGCACACCUGGAGAGUUGUGUCAGUUUGGUCUAUCUACCAGGAAAAACAAUUA